CCAUUCAUAAUUUUUUUAAAUAUUCUGCUCAUGUAAGCAUUUCUGAUACUGUUAAAUCUUGUUGAUGAAAUUGGCCCACUUUAAUAGCCCUUUAUUUCUUCUAUAAAACACCUCCAUUCUCUUGCCAUUCUCCCCUACCACGAUCUGUGAAUCCAUAGAAAGAAAUCCUUUAUCAUAUCAGAGAUUUCAGCCAUGGUUCCAAGUGAGCUCGCAGGUAUUCACUAUCUGGCAGCUGAGAACCCAAUUCAGUUCGCAGCCAACUUUGGCCUGAUAGAUCAGAGCAAUAUGCCAACCUUCCAUUUUAACAGAAUCUUAAGCAACUUUCACAAUCCUCUCUUCCCACAACAUGUACAUGAAUUCACCCCUCAGUCAUCAAGUCUCAGCAACAACUCAACUUCUGAUGAAGCUGAGGAAAACCAACUCAGCAUCAUCGAUGAAAGGAAGCAGAGGCGAAUGAUUUCCAAUAGGGAGUCUGCUCGUAGGUCACGGAUGAGGAAACAAAAGCACCUUGAUGAGCUAUGGUCUCAGGUGGUUCGUCUUCGUACGGAGAACCAUAAUCUGAUAGACAAGUUGAAUCAUCUGUCUGAGUGCCAUGAUCGAGUUCUUCAGGAAAAUGCAAAGCUCAAAGAAGAAGCAUCUGAUCUUCGCCAAAUGCUUACUGAUCUCCAAAUUGGUAGUCCUUUCACUACCAGCGCUUUAUGAGAUCUCGAAGAGGUCCCCUGCAGCACGGCUCAUCUCAGAGCAGAAUCCUCAAGCCAACUCAUCUCUAGUUCUAUAGACUUGCUUCAUUGAAAAGAGAUGUUUUUCCAUUAAAACUACUCUAUGUUCUCAUGUUUAAUCAGUCUUUACCUUCAGUUUAUCUUGAUGAGAUCAGAAGAGGCUGCAAUAACAGCUCGCAACCAUCUUCUUCCUACUUAGUUUAAUCAUCAUUUCACAAUUCCAUGAACAA